UAUAGUUAGUCGUUAUCAUUUCAGAUUUGUUCCUACAAAAAUGAUAUUGAUGUAUGCACUAAAAAUAAUUUUCAUUUUUAAGAGUGUGUUCUCUGUUCCUAUUGUUGAAGAAAGGGAAGACAGUUAUGUUCCUGAACUUCCUUCUGAUUUCUGCUCUCUUCCCGCUGAACUAGAUUAUAAAGGAGCAUCUAGAUAUAUCCAGGACUGUGAGAGUCUGGGCAGGCUUGAAAUCCCUAUUCCAGCUCCAAGCACUGAGCAACGUGGAAUCCAUCCUGUAGUGUGCUGUCCCAGGAAUAUUGAUACAAAGGUAUCAAUAUGUUUCCCCACUGAUGCGUGGUGUCCAACAUAUACUCAGCCUGUUUACGACGAUUACGACAAUGCUGCAGAAUCCGUUGCAGCAGAUGAUUUAACAGUUGGAGGAGAAGAUGUGAGCCAAUAUGAUGAUGGAAUAGAUCAAAGACAGUAUGACGAUGGAGCAAACAAUGAAUAUAAUACUGAUUAUGAAUAUAUCGCAGAGGUGGAAGUUUUACUGAGUAAUGUGGAGAUUAACUGUCUAGGUGUUGUUAACACAACUUGUACUCCAUUCUCAAGGUGUAAUAUAAUGGAAGAACUAGAUCUGAACCCUCAAACCUUAGAACAGACAACAAGGUUUUGCAGUUUUGACGAAGCAUCUGCGGAACUUAUGAUUUGCUGUCCAUUCAAAAAUAUUUUGCAAACAUCUAAACUUCCUGAGAACCCUAGGUUUCCAGUCAACAAUAAACCUCGAAAGUGUGAGGAUCAGACAAACCUGUGUCAAAGAUGGAGUAAAAAAGGAGCUUGUGCACUGGACAAGUCAUUCGUUACAAGUGAGGUUGAUCCGUAUCAGAAUGUUGUGACAAAUCUUGACAUGUUUCAAUUUACAAUGAAAGGAUGUAUGGAGUCCUGCAACCGUUGCGGCAGCAAGGGGUGUGUGGAUGAAUUCCCAUUAUGUCCUCAGUGGGCUAGGGAAGGAUACUGUACUGCUUAUUCCUUCUUCAUGGCCCAUUCUUGUAGAGAGAGCUGUGGAUCAUGUGGAUUUUUAUCAACCUUAAGCACGGAGAAGCAAGUCUAUCAAGGGAAAUCAUAUUCUCGUAUUUCAGAUCCUAACUUUGAUUGUGGCAGAUAUAAAGAUCUUGACUUUCUUGAAAGCAUUGGUCUUGAGGUCAUCAAAAAUUCUGAUGAGACGUCAGAAGAGGCCAAAGCAGAGGAUGCAGAUACUGAUGCAAAUUUUUGUGAAGUAAGCAACAACGAAGAUGACACAGCUUUGGGUAAUGCUAAUUCUAACACAACAGUCUUCUGUUCCGCAUCAAUAAUAGCAGACAAAUGGAUGAUAACAGCUGCUCACUGCUCUGAUGAAAUUAAUCCCACCCUAGAUGGAGAAAGAAGGAUAAAGUCACAGAUUCUAAGGACAACAAUACCAAGCCUUAAGGAAUUAGUUGAGGUCAAAAAUAUUUAUCUCCAUCCAAGAUACAGAUACGGAGAACUACACGCUGACAUAGCUCUUAUAGAACUAGGACGUCGUGUAGAGUUUAAACCAGAGGAGUUUGGAGAUACUCCAAUCUGUCUAGAUAAAGGUCUUGAUCUACCUGACAAAGUGGCUACAGCUCAGGGGUUUGGAAAGACCGAAAAAGAUGAUAAAGGUGGUAAACUGCUAGAAAUAAAUGUAACCUUGGUGAACACGAAUGAGUGCAUCAAUCAGAUUAAUACCUUCUUGCAAGCUCCCAGAGUUAGGAGAAAGAAGCAGAUAUUUUGUAAAACAAUGCCCAUGGGAAUUUCUGAUGAACAAAUUUGUGCCAAUGGAAUUAAAAAGGAUGAUGGUAUUACAACAGCAGCUUGUAAAGGAGAUAGUGGGGGUCCCCUUUUCCUUCAGGAUGAGGAGGGGAGGAGAAAUCUAGUUGGUAUUGUCAGCGGAUCUCUGUCUUGCUGCGGAAAUGCCCCAGAAUGGUACACCAGUAUACAGUACAACAGGAAAUGGAUUGAAUGUAUCUUGGACAGAGCUCCUACACUAAACUUUAAUAAGGCUAAAGUCGAGGCAGAAUGUAAAGGCGCUGGUAUCAGGAAAGGCAAAGACGACUUCAGCAUCUGUGGUCAAUAACAAUUUUCCUAAUUCUUAAGAGGACGCCAUCACAGAAGUUUAGAGAAAAAAACUUUUUUUAAAUGUGUUUCUAAAUACGAUAAACCAUUGAUAUUGUUAGAAUACUAAUUACAAUAAAGUAAGCAUCAAAUUA